AUGGCAUCUUCGGUGUCCAGAUCCAUGCCUGGGAAGAAUGCGGCUGAAGGUCCCUUGAAGCAGGCGCAAGCUUCCCCCAAGCCCCUGGCUGCUCGCAAAAAGCCGGAUUUGGAGUCGCCUAAAUCUUCAAGCUCUACGGGAAAUAAAUCUGCCGCCUCGAAACCAAAGAUAGGUACAAAGCCGUCAGAUCUCUCGAGCAACAAGAGAAUGUCAGCACAUGCUUCGAAAGAUGCGAGCAAACUCAUUGCCGAUGGUCCUCGCCCAUCAGUGCCUACCGGCAAAAAGCCAGUGUCACAGGAGACGAAGAUAGGUACGAAGCCGUCAGAUCUCUCGAGCAACAAGAGAAUGUCAUCACAUGCUUCGAAAGAUGCGAGCAAACUCAUUGCCGAUGGUCCUCGUCCAUCAGUGCCUACCGGCAAAAAGCCAGUGUCACAGGAGACGAAAACCGUCGAGGGAACAAGUGAUGACGCGGAUGAUCCCAAAGAUGAAGAGGACAGUGGCAUGGUUGACCUCGUCGACAAUGAAGAAGGCCCGAUUGAGGCAGAAGACGAAGGUGCUGGACCUGAAGAGCAGAGAGGAGGCGCAGCAAAGAAUGAUGCGCAAGCCUCUGGGUCCGGGGGAAGAUCGGUAUUUCAACGAGGCAAAGAUGCGGCCACAGGUCUUGCCAGUUUCGCCACGAGGGCCAACAAACUCCAUUCUCAGAUGCCUGAUCCCGUUAAACAACAAGUAACCAGCCGCGUGCAGACGGGUGCUCGAAAUAUCAUGGGCACAGUCGGGCUAGACUCCGCGGAAGCAGAACGCAAAGCGCAAGAGCUCAAAAAGAAAGAUUUUGAACUUCCAACCGACCUCUCUGCCCUGUCCCAGCUUGAGGUUGGUGGGGAUGGAAAGGUCGUCGAUGAUGACGGCAAUGAAAUUGCCCGGUUAGUGGAGGGAGAGCCCGAAGAUCUUGCUGGUCGGGUAAUUGGCGCGAACGGAGAGAUCCUGGAUGAAGACGGUGAUAUGAUUGGGCGUGUGGAGCUUCUCAGUCAGGAUGUGGCCAAGAAAGCGCAGGAUGACCUAGGCUUAAAAAGACUCGCGCAACUGCCCGUCACAGAAGAAGGCUUGCUCAAAGAUGAAUCGGGCCAAGUGGUGGGGAAAGUCGUUGAAGGCGACCCUGAAGAUUUGGCCGGGUUCACUCCAAAUGAGGCUGGUGAGAUACUCGACGAAGAUGGUGACUUGGUUGGUCGUGUUGAGCUUGUUUCUCUCGACAACACCGAGGAACAACUUGAUAAGGCUAAAAGCGGACUAGAGGUCCCAUCGCCCGAGCUUUCUAUUCUUAAAGGGAUGUCGAUCAACGAAGAGGGCGAGAUCCGCGACAACGAGGGGGGCCUUCUUGGUCGAAUAAAGGAGGGCCAAGCCGCCGAUUUACUUGCUGGUAAAGUACCGAACGAGCAGGGCCAAAUUUUGGCAGAGGACGGGGAAAUCAUAGGCCAGGUUGAGCUGGUAGGUGGGGAGGCGGCUGAAAAGGCAAUGCAAAAGCAGCAAGAGGCACAAGACAUGCUACCGUCUCUGUCCACCCUCCAAGGCCUCCAGUGUAACGAAUCUGGAGAAAUCGUCGAUGAAAAUGGGCGGGCCGUUGGUGAGCUGGUCGAGGGUGACCCCAGCAAGCUCUCCAAGGCCAAUGCACAGCUUGACGAUCAAGGCCAAUUUUGGGACAGCAAAGGCAAUAUCAUCGGUAAGGCUCAGACGCUUCCCGCGGAAGAUCAAGACAAGGGACCAUUUGCCGAUGUCGAGGAGCCGUUUGUCACAGACGAAGGCGAAGUCCAUGAUGCAAAUGGCAACAAGGUGGGGACCUUGAUCGAAGGUGAAAUACGCAAAGUUCGUGGACGAGCUGUCGAUGAGGAUGGCGAUAUUCUGGACAAACGAGGCAAUCUGUUGGGGCGGGCAGAGCCCUGGAAAGAGCCUGAGCCGGGCCCUGACAGCGCCGAUCUCUCUGUGUUGGAGGGUCUUCUUCCGAACAAGCUGGGCAUUGUUAUGGGGCCCGAUGGAGUGCCCAUCGCACGUCUUAGCGAGGGUGACCCAAAGACAGUGACCGGCAGAAAAAUCGACGCUGAAGGUCAGAUCUGGGGUGACGAUGGCGAGGUUAUUGGGCGGGUGACUCUGAUCCCCGAAGACGAACGAGAAUCCAUCCCGCCCUUUGGCAACCUGGGAGAUUUGGUGGUUCGGAAAACCGGGUUUGUUGAGGAUGAAACCGGCGAUGUUGUGGGCAAGAUCGUCCAAGGUGACCCCCAGAAAUUACAGGGUCUGGCUGUGGAUGAAGAUGGAGAUAUCAUCGACAAGCGCGGCAAUGUCAAAGGACACGCCGAGCCAUAUACUCCACCGCAAGAAGAGGAGCAAGAGGAGGAGGAAGAGGAGGAGGAGGACAUAUCCAUCCUUGAAGGAAAGACGGUCAACAAGCUGGGAAACGUUGUGGAUGACAACGGUUCUGUCUGGGGACGCAUUACCUCGGGAAAUCCCAAGAAGCUCGCGGGCAGACAGGUGGAUGCAGAAGGUCAAAUCUGGAAUGACAGUGGGCAAGUGAUCGGCACCGCCGAACUUGUGCCGGCUCGUGAACGUGAACAGGCCGAAGGCAUCUUCUAUGGCCUCGAUGGCCUCUUAGUCGCCAAGGAUGGGACCAUCACUGACUCCCACGACCAAGUUGUCGGCAAGCUGGUGGAGGGAGACUUAGCUCGCCUGAAAGGUCGAGCCGUCGACGAAGACGGCGAAGUGAUCGACAAAGUCGGAAAUGUCAUUGGUCGUGCAGAACGAUGGACACCGGAGGAGAAACCGCGCGAGAUCAACCCGAUGAGCGGCCGAAAAGUGAAUCGCGAAGGGGAAGUCCGCGAUGAGGAUGGCAAUCUAAUCGGUCGACUUACCGAGGGGAAUUUGAAAGCACUGGUGGGUAAGUCGAUUGACGACAAUGGCAACAUCGUGGACAACGACGGGAACAAGAUUGGUGAAUGCACCCUGCUGGAGCAGAUGCCGGACGAAGCCGAACAAGAACCGGCACUGUCUGCCGAGGAACUUGAACAACAAGAGAAAGAGAACCGGGAUCGAGACUUGGCGAAGAAGAUGUCGGCGAUUGUGCAGCAGACGCUGGAAUCGGUGGGACCGCUAUGCAAACAGAUCACGGAGCACAUUGAACGGGCCGAUCGCACUCCUCGGGAAGAGCUUGACGAAGAACAGUUGGUGAAGACGGUGAAGCCUCUCAUCGAAGACGCGGGAAACAUGCUACAGGAAUGCAAAGGGGCCCUUCGCGCCCUUGAUCCCGACGGCCAAAUUGCAGCUUCAGCCAAAUUGCGAAGUGUGUCCCACGAGGCAACACCAGAAGAAUACCAGCUGGCAGAUCUCCUCAAGGAAUUGUCCCAGACGAUCUCAACCACCAUUGAGAAUGGUCGGAAGCGCAUCGCAGAUAUGCCCCAUGCAAAGAAAAAGAUCAACCCCCUGUGGGCUCUCCUCUCCGAACCGCUCUUCCAAAUCAUUGCUGCGGUAGGUUUGCUCUUGAGUGGAGUGGUGGGCCUUCUUGGUAACCUUCUUGAUGGACUCGGUCUCGGAGGUCUCGUUCGUGGACUGCUUGGGGGAUUAGGAAUCGAUAAUCUCCUCAGUGGUUUAGGUUUGGGCAACGUAAGCGAGAAACUAGGAAUGUCUGGUUGA